AUGAGCAAUACUUCGACAUCACCUACUGUUCAUUCCUUUAGAGUAAACUUUACUCAAUUCUCUGCCAAUAAUCAACUAGAUCUUGAUCCGAGCAGCACCAUUAUUGUUCGACAAGAUCGAACUGUGCAGAUCAUUCCCGACAAUUAUCAAAGCACCAAGAGAAUUAUUACUCCACAAAAGACUCCAAAUACCACCAAUACAAGAACGGCCUACACUGGCUCGAUUAUGAGAACGAGAGAGGAUCAGGGAACAGUGAAGGCUUUUAAUGCUUUUAUGAAUUUCUGGGCCGGUGGUUCUUUGGAUGUUGAUUUUGAUACAAAACAAGUUAAAAUUCAUGUCUCAGGAAGUGGAGUGCCAACUAUUGAGAAUAUUAUUGGAGUAAUUGUGUAA